UAGUUGGGUGAUGGAAACACUUCAAAUUUUAGCCCCAUACUUACUGAACUACACACCAAGACUGUGUGGACUCACUCCUCACAAAGAAGCAUGGCAAGGCUGGUGGCACUCCAACAGAACCAGUUAUCUUUCUCUCCCUUAGCUUCCUCUCUUUCUGAUUUUAGUGGAACCAGACUUCAAACUCAAAUUCAGCAGGUAUUCUUGAAAAGAAAAUCAUGGCAGCCAAAAGGAUCUUUUUAUGUAUCAGCAUCAAGCACCAAGAAAAUCCUCAUAAUGGGAGGCACUAGGUUUAUUGGUGUAUUUUUGGCUAGGCUCCUUGUCAAAGAGGGUCACCAGGUGACUUUAUUCACAAGAGGAAAAGCACCCGUCACUCAACAAUUGCCAGCUGAAUCAGACAGUGAUUAUGCUGAUUUUUCUUCCAAGAUAUUGCAUUUGAAAGGAGACAGGAUGGACUUUGAAUUCGUAAAGUCCAGUCUCUCAGCACAAGGGUUUGAUGUUGUUUAUGACAUAAAUGGACGAGAGGCAAAUGAAGUUGAGCCCAUACUGGAUGCUCUGCCUAACCUGGAACAGUUCAUUUACUGCUCUUCUGCUGGUGUCUAUCUCAAAUCUGAUUUAUUACCUCACGCUGAGACUGAUGCAGUUGAUCCUAAGAGCAGGCACAAGGGAAAGCUUGAGACAGAGAGCUUGCUGCAAUCAAAGGGUGUUAAUUGGACUUCUGUAAGGCCAGUCUACAUCUACGGACCCUUGAACUACAACCCUGUUGAAGAGUGGUUCUUCCACAGAUUGAAAGCUGGUCGCCCAAUUCCUAUUCCCAGCUCAGGAAUACAGAUGACACAACUUGGUCAUGUUAAGGAUUUGGCAAGAGCUUUUAUUCAGGUUCUUGGUAAUGAUAAGGCCAGCAAGCAAGUGUUCAAUAUCUCAGGAGAUAAGUAUGUUACGUUUGAUGGAUUAGCAAGAGCAUGUGCUAAGGCUGGUGGGUUCCCGGAGCCAGAGAUCAUUCACUACAAUCCUAAAGAUUUUGAUUUUGGGAAAAAGAAGUCAUUUCCAUUUCGUGACCAGCAUUUCUUUGCAUCAAUUGAGAAGGCAAAGAGCGUGCUUGGGUGGGAACCUGAAUUUGGCCUUGUAGAAGGUCUUGCGGACUCGUAUAACCUGGACUUUGGCAGAGGGACUUUCCGGAAAGAGGCCGAUUUUUCAACAGAUGACAUAAUUCUUGGCAAGAGUCUUCUUACUGUUAGUGCAUGAUUAUUCUUCUUUCAGUUAUCAGUAUUUCCCAUAUAAAUUAAAAGAGCUGUUCUGCUAUGCUAUAAUGUCAUCAGAUAAAGUUGUGUAAUGUUCCUCAGUUUUUCAUGCAGUGAUUCUUUUUUAAAUAAAUAAUGGUUUUGCCUUCAA